AUGGGUUUCACCUUCACCACCAUGACCCUGAACUUGCUCCUCCUCAUUGCCAUGGUGGCCACCAACAUCCUCUCCCUCUACCACCUUUCCUCCACCCUCCAAUCUCCCAAAUCCCCCAAACCACCCCCACCUGUCCCCGACCAACUCCUCCACCAGCUCCACACCAUACGCGCCACCAUCAACCACCUCACGCGCCUUCAGAACACUAACCCAACUAAAAAAUCAACCAUCCCCUCAGAUCUACUUCUCUACUCACACCUCUCCCCAAUUGCCUCGUCAUGCCACAACCACCCUGAACUCCUCCAUAAAUACAUGACCUACACCCCAUUUUCUCUCUGCCCCUCCGAUUCCGACCUCGCCGAAUCCCUUAUCCUCCGCGGCUGCCACCCCCUCCCCCGCCGCCGCUGCUUCUCCCAAACUCCGCAGAAACCCAUUCCCCCAAAUUCCCUCCCGCAACACCCCUUCUCCUCCUCCCUCCCCGACAACGCCGUCGUUUGGGACCACUACACCUGCAAAUCCUUCGAUUGCCUCAACAGGCAAAACCCUAACCUCGGCUUCGAACCCUCACGCGACGUUUCCAAGUUCAAUUCUUACAAGAGCGACUUGGAUCUCCCGAUUCAGCAGCUGUUCCAGAUCGCAAAGGCGGCGAAGUCGGUGCUCCGGCUCGGCCUCGACGUCGGCGGCGGCACUGGAUCUUUUGCGGCUGCGAUGAAGCUCCGCAACGUGACGGUGGUGACAACGACGAUGAACGUUGCGGCGCCUAACAGUGAGGCCGUGGCGCUGCGGGGGUUGGUGCCGCUUCACGUGCCGCUGCAACAGCGGCUGCCGCUGUUCGACGGAGUGGUGGAUCUGGUGCGUUGUGGGCGCGCCGUGAACCGUUGGAUCCCGGUGACGGUGAUGGAGUUUCUGUUGUUUGAUGCUGAUAGGGUGCUGAGGGGUGGAGGGUACCUUUGGUUGGACCACUUUUUCAGCAAAGGGGUGGACCUUGAAAAGGUGUAUGCGCCAUUGAUUGGGAAAUUGGGGUACAAGAAGGUGAAGUGGGCGACGGGGAAUAAGACCGAUGCAAGUGGCGUCAAGAAUGGUGAAGUGUUCUUGACUGCAUUACUGCAGAAGCCUGUGUCUAGAUGA